AUGAGCACAGCAAGCGCGACGCGUGAAGGUACAUCAUUGAACCAACCAACAUCAACAACGUACGAAUCUCAUCUCGCAAUUGGAAUUGCCCAUCCUCGACUCAUCGCCUACUACGCUGUUGCUUCCCGCUCCUCCCAGCAAGUCGUCAUCCUUGAUCGCCAUGACCGCCGGUACCACAGUCCAGAAGUCGAGACAUCAGAGCAAAUGAACCACCCUCGAUCGGAUCACAUACUCAAGCUUCCUGAUGAGCUCCUCGACAGCAUCUGUGCGAAUGUGCGACCCAGCGCCAAGACACUGGCUCUCGUCUGUCGCCGCUUCGACCGCGUCGCUACGCCCCACCUCUACCUUGAUCUGACAUUGCAUGUGCUGUCUGAUCUGACGAGGGAUGUGUACUCUCUUCAAGCCAUAGCUUAUACCAAAGUCCUUCAUCGAACACUAAAGAAGAACCCUGCACUCUGGCCUUUCUGUAGGAACCUGACUUGUUACUUCGACUACCUUCUAGAACCGGGAUCCCGCUCGUAUCUGCCCAACGACAUCUUCACCUGGCUGACGGCCGUCCAGAAGCUUGAGGUAGGCGUGAUACGUGGAAGUGAUACGCGUUUGACUCUAGCCCGGCAUGCCAUCCAGCACAUGCCUGGCCUGACACAUCUCAAACUCCAUAGUGAUGUCGAUGGCAUCGAUCUACCAGAGAUAGUCCAAGCGACUCUUGCAUGA